AUGGCACACUUGCUGCGAUUCGCUAGCCAACGGUCUGUGUGUGGGACUUUAAUGCAUCCGGUUCGAAUUGGAUCUUGGAGCAGAUUCAGUUCUGAAGCAUUACCACCCUCAUCGUCUUCAGCAGUGCCUUCCGAAGAAAACGCAUCUGUCGAAAUUAAUAAAAAAGUAGGUGGAUUUGCGAAAGCUUAUAAAAAACACAGCGAAACACUCAACCCGGAACUUACCAACGAACCACCAAAGACGUUCGCCGCCUUGCUAAGACACUCAAAGUUUGUUGAUCUUGGCGACCCAGAAGGAAAAGUAGUAACUGGAAAAAUAUUUCAUAUAGUUGAAAAUGACCUUUACAUAGAUUUUGGCUGGAAGUUUCAUUGCGUUUGCACACGCCCCACAAAGAAUGGCGAAGAUUACGUGAGAGGUGCCCGAGUACGGCUACGGGUAAAAGAUCUCGAACUCUCCACGCGCUUUUUAGGAUCGAACAAAGAUCUUACCCUGCUGGAAGCUGACUGUCAGCUGCUAGGAUUGAUUUCGUCUCCGGCUACACGAUCACAGCAAACACGAAACACAUAG